AUGGCUCAGCGGGUAAAGGUGCUUGCUGCCAACCCUGACGACCUGAGUGCCACCCCAAGGCCCCACAAGAGGGAAGAUGCUGAGAAGCUGAGGGAGCUGCAGGAGAAUGGAGUGGCCCAAUAUGCCUGGGAGAUACCAAGAAACCAGGGCGUCAGGACUGGAGACGGCUCCCUGGGAAAGAGUAUUCACCGGCUGCUCUUCCACGGGACCCAGUUUGUCUUGCUCUGGACAGUGCGUGGCUGGGCCACCUGUCGGUUGCGACGGCGUCAAGAUGAUGCUGCGGCGAUGGGAGAGGACCAGGUCCUGGAUGCCGGGCGCCGGGAUGCUGUGCUCUCCGAUGCUCCGUGCCUGCAUCUCACACCCGGGACCUCCACUCGGUGGACCACCCCGCCGCCGCGACGCCGCUCGGGCCGAGCGUGCCCGGGAAGCCACCGGAGGUUUCUCUCUCUCCUGCAGGUUUUCUCAAACAAUGAUGACGGCCUUAUUAACAAAAAGUUACCCAAGGAGCUCCUCUUAAGAAUAUUCUCCUUCUUGGAUAUCGUAACUCUUUGCCGGUGUGCACAAAUUUCCAAGGCAUGGAACAUCUUAGCCCUGGAUGGAAGCAACUGGCAAAGAAUAGAUCUUUUUAACUUUCAAACAGAUGUAGAGGGCCAAGUGGUGGAAAACAUCUCCAAGAGGUGCGGUGGCUUCCUUAGAAAACUCAGCUUGCGUGGCUGCAUCGGCGUCGGGGACUCCUCCUUGAAGACCUUUGCACAGAACUGCCGAAACAUUGAACACUUAAACCUCAAUGGCUGCACAAAAAUCACUGACAGCACGUGUUACAGCCUCGGCAGAUUCUGCUCCAAGCUGAAACACCUGGAUCUCACGUCCUGCGUGUCUGUUACCAACAGCUCCUUAAAGGGCAUCAGCGAUGGCUGCCGGAACCUGGAGUAUCUGAACCUCUCCUGGUGCGACCAGAUCACAAAGGACGGCAUCGAGGCGCUGGUGCGGGGGUGCCGCGGCCUGAAAGCGCUGCUCCUGAGGGGUUGCACACAGCUGGAGGACGAAGCUUUGAGACACAUUCAGUGUCCCACUGCACCUGUGCACAGCCCCAUUGUCUGGCCACACCUGCCCAAAGUGGAUGGCAGAUGGCCACAUCACCCUGCCCCGACUCCUCUUCCUGUCUUCCUUGGAGCUGAGAGUCUAAGGCUCAUUUUCCUGGCCCCACGUCAGUGCUGGGCCCGACUCCUGUCUUCUUCUCCCCAGCGCAUCACUGAUGAUGGCGUGGUGCAGAUCUGCAGGGGCUGCCACCGGCUGCAGGCUUUGUGCCUCUCGGGUUGUAGCAAUCUCACAGAUGCGUCUCUCACGGCCCUGGGCCUGAACUGCCCCAGACUACAAAUUUUGGAGGCUGCCCGAUGCUCCCAUUUGACGGAUGCAGGCUUUACACUCUUAGCUCGGAAUUGCCAUGACUUGGAGAAGAUGGAUCUUGAAGAGUGUGUCCUGAUCACUGACAGCACCCUCAUCCAGCUAUCCAUCCACUGUCCCAAGCUGCAAGCCCUGAGUUUGUCCCACUGUGAGCUCAUUACAGAUGAAGGGAUUCUGCACUUGAGCAGCAGCACGUGUGGGCAUGAGAGACUGCGGGUACUGGAGCUGGACAACUGCCUCCUUGUCACGGAUGCUGCCCUGGAGCACUUGGAGAACUGCCGUGGCUUAGAGCGUCUGGAGCUGUACGACUGCCAGCAGGUCACCCGCGCAGGCAUCAAGCGCAUGCGGGCUCAGCUUCCUCAUGUCAAGGUCCAUGCCUACUUUGCUCCGGUCACCCCUCCACCAGCAGUGGCAGGAAGUGGACACCGACUGUGCAGGUGCUGUGUCAUACUUUGACAGCAGCUGCUUAGGCCAAGGCCCAUCCUCCAGGUCAGACCAGUCUGCGUCACCAUCACCCAAUCUCGACUCUGCAUUGGGAAAGCAUUACAGGUAAAAGACUUCAGCACAGAUGGCAGUAACUGGUGAUACCAUUCACCUUAACCUGGCUUGGGAUGCAAGCAAAUCAAAGCCUGUGUAGUUACCAUGCGGCAGGAGUGGUACGGUGCAGCCAAGACUACACAAGUAACGCAGAGCCCUUCAGAGGUGGGUACCUACCUAGGAACACGAGCCCCGCCCGGCUUUGUCAGCGUUCUACACAGACCUUCAGUGUUAGCACAACCCAAGCAGAGCAAAGAGCCUGUGGUUUUUCUACCAAUCCUUAAGCCAGUGGCCUACUUUAAUUCAUGAUUCCUACUGAUUUGCAGGACUUUUCACUUGGAAGACUAGAAGCACCGUUGUCAAUGCGAAUAUACUGCAAACUGAGAAUGGCUGGUGGUUCCCACGUAGAAACCCGUGGGAAAAGGCAUGUUAGCUUAUUUCCGUUAAGACACCAAAGAAGUGAGGACUCUGAGCUGGGUGGGGCAGGGUCUUCACCUUUCUGUUUAUGUCAAUGUGUCAUACCCAACUCUAGGGACCAAAAACUAAACAAAAGCAGCCUAUUUUGCAUUGCCCCAUUGGGAAUAAGCUCUGCCAUAUGCUACAGCAUACAGUGCAUUUUUGCUAAAGGAAAAAAGCCAAUUAUGUCCACACUUUUCAAAAAAUUUGGGGAACCUUGAAGAAAUCCAGAAUUAUCUAUAAAUAAUCAAAUAAAAAUAAUGAACGGGUGCAUGUAGAAUGGAUGUAUUUUUUUUUUCAAAUUUACUCUGAAUUUUUAGAGAUCAUGACAGAACUACAUUAAAGCUUUACUCAUUUGA